CUUUGUGCAUUUCUAAGAGUUUUGUUGUUCAUUUACUCUGCAUUAACUUCUGCAUAGCCACCUUGGGGGAAAGUUGUUAAUUUUUCAUAAUACACUGCCAUCUCUUGGUGUUGGCUGUUUGAACUGAUAAAGAUCAUCCAUUGAGACUACCAGAGGAUCCUUUCUACAAGCAGAUGGCUACAGAAUUUACCAAGUUCCAGAUAGGGGUAGAUGUAUAUGCCUUCAGUGACAAGUACACUGACAUAGCCUCAUUAGAAAAAAGUUCAGUCAUGAGUGCAUAGAAGUUGUAUACCGGGGGGCAGGUGUAUUAUUACCCUAAUUUUCAAUCAACUAUUCAUGGAGAGAAGUUGAGUCAUGAGUUAGCCAGAGACCUUACUAGGGAAACUACCUGGGAAGCAGUCAUGUGCAUAAGAUGUGGAAAAGGACUUCGCUUUACAUCUUAUCAUGCGAACUUUAUGCUAAGGUCCACCGACUUAUUAGCACUUCCAGCUGUAGAUUGUGAUAAAGCAUUGGGUCGUUACUAAGUAUUCAGACAGUAUAUUUUCAAGUUGCUUUGCUAUACACUGCAUCCUGUGGAGAAAGGCGUAUUAGAGUACAUACAGCAGCAGCACCGGUGGUUACAGAUCUGGGAAAGAUGUACCCCCAGGCUGCUACAGCAGUUGAAAAAACUUUGUCCCAUAAGUUGGAAGAUGCUCGGAACACUUUGCAGCUAAGAAUUGUCAAAGCCCUCAAAGAAUAUCUCUAUGCUGUACAACACCGCUUGGGAGGGAAGAUGAUAUACCCAGAGUCUCUGCCAGUUAAAAACCUGUUAAAGCUCCUAUAUCCUUGUUUGAUACGGCUUGAUGAGUAUCUUUUGAAGGCAUCUUCUGAGGCUAAUGACUUGAAAAGCAUAGAGAAUAGGUUACCACUAGUUGCUGAGAGCUUAGAUUCCAGAGGCCUCUAUAUAUUUGAUGAUGGGUUUCGCUAUGUUGUAUGGUUUGGGUUUCUUACAUUUGUGGGAAUUGAGUGCUUUGUGGAUCAAUUGGUUGCUCCAAUCAAACCAAUAAUUGGGCAGUACAUGGCCAAGUAUCUGCUAGCCUGCAGUGGUCCUGUGGUGACCAAAUACCUGGAUAUUUAUGUUGCUUACAUUCUAAGCUACAAGACCAACAUUGAAAACCUCUUGAAACAAGUCAAGAAGCUCAAGGCUACAAGAGACUUGGUGCUGCAAGCUGUUGAAGAUGCAAAGAGGAGGGGAGAAGUGGCGGUCAGAGAUGAAGUUGAGAAAUGGCUGAGCAGCGUCGACCGGCUCACCGGAGAGGCUACCAAGUUUUUCGAAUAUAAAGGCGACGCCAACAGCGGGUGGUUUUGUUGGUUGUAUGGCCUGUUGAUGUCGCGGUACCAGUUGAGCAAGAUGGCAAAGAAGAUGAUAGAGCAUCUUGUUCAGCUCCAAGCAGAUGGAAUAUUUGCUAAGGUUUCUAAUUGAUUAAUUUGUUAGUUAAUCUUGUGUGAUAAUUGGUCUAAAAGUUUCAACUUAUUUAAGCAUAUGUAAUUCAAUAAUAAUCUUCUGUCUGUUGUAUUGUAUUUACCUCCAAAUUUAUAUAGUAUCCAAUUAAUCAUGUUUUCAUUGGUCUAAGCAGAAAAUUGCAUAGCCUCCAUCUCCAGCUUCCCUCCAUAGCCAGAUGGGUUUUCAAAGCUGAGAAAAU